AUGUGCUGGCCCGGCCACACGUUGAUUCGCAAGAGAGCGGAGCGAGUUUGGUUGCACCAACACCGGUACAUAGCGCGGAGCGGCGUGCCCUUGGAUUUAUAGAGCGGGACGUUCGGCUUCCGAGCGGGGGCUUCCGUGUCGUACGCGACGAAAGAGCGAAUUCAAAAUGGGUGAUGUUGAGAAGGGCAAGAAGAUUUUUGUUCAGAAGUGUGCCCAGUGCCACACCGUGGAAAAGGGAGGCAAGCACAAGACUGGGCCAAAUCUGCAUGGUCUGUUUGGGCGGAAGACAGGUCAGGCCCCUGGAUUCUCUUAUACAGAUGCCAACAAAAACAAAGGUAUCACUUGGGACAACGAGACACUGAUGGAGUAUUUGGAGAAUCCCAAGAAGUACAUCCCUGGAACAAAAAUGAUCUUUGCUGGCAUUAAAAAGAGGGCAGAAAGGGAAGACUUGAUAGCUUAUCUCAAAAAAGCUACUAAUGAGUAAUAGUUGGCCACUGUGUUAUUUAUUACAAAACAAAUGUCUUGACUUUUUUACAUGUACCAUAUUUAAAUUGAUCUCAUACACUAGAAUUCAGAUCAUGAAUGGCCUCAUUUUUGUUGGACAGUCCUGAGUUAAAUAAGAUUAGCUAUAGUUAAAUUAAUAUGAACAAGCUUUUUGAAUUUUGAUAGUAAUUCUGGUUUGGCAAAUGCUGUCCCUAUUUCCCCCUUCUAAAGGUUUAAUUGGACUUGAAGCUAGGUUGAAUUAGUAAUGUUCAACUUUUCACAAAGAAGGUGAAUGUCAGCUUACAACCUGUAGAUGAUUGGUUUUAGAUUUAGAUUUAUAUAACUGAUUUUAUGAAUAUAUUUAAAUACUAAGGAAAUUCCUUCACUGUUUCAUGGAACAGAGCUAGACUCACUUGGUUUCAGUUGGUAUUCAUCAGCCUGUUUAAAGGCAGGUGCUGAAAAUAAACUAGCUAUGUCCACUUUAUCUUUCUGGUCUUAACUGUGUAAACCUAAUUAAAAUUCCCUGAAUCUGAAAUGUUGCCUUUUAAUUAACAAAAAGCAUUUUGAUAUGGUUUAUGUAUAAUACAAAAUAAAGAAUGCUGAACACUUCUCAUA